UUUAUUAACGAUUGUCUAACGUUAUCUGAUUAAUUAUGAAUCAUAGUCAAGGAUUGAAGUUACGUGAAUAAUAAUCUUUCAUAAAUCAGUUUAAAUUGCGAUUUCAAAUUGUUCACAGUAUAAAAGAAAGAAAAACUUCGGUGCAAUGAACGACAUCAAUUGUUAGUGCGUUUUUUCGUAAAAAAAAAAAAACAAAAAACAACAAAAAUGCAUUUAAACUGUUGUUAAAGUUCCUUUAUUUACUUGUGUUAUCUUAAUAACGGGUGGAUUAUUUAUCUAAUCUACAGGAAUACGAGAAAAGAGUGAAACUUUGUCAGUCCCAUUCGCGACGUAAUCCUUGACGGAACUUUCCUUCUUUUGCACGCUAAUUGGUUUAUUAGGAAAAAAAAUUUUUUAAUUUAUUUACUUAGAGAUUCAAAAAUACCUCCAAUUGGCUUCUUAAACAUAUAGAUCACAAAUACCGCACGUAAACUUCAAUAAAACUUCACACAUAAUUCACAAUCUUGAAUAUACAAAAGUGGAAGGAGGUACUUCGAUAUUCAUGGGGAAAAAGACGUGUAACAUUAAAAAUGGAAUCACCAACGAGGCUUUUAGUUUGGAUGAUAUUACAGAUCAUAAUUCGAUUUCUGAAAACACCGUGGAAAGAGCACAAUGGGGAAACGAUAAAGAAUUUUUGAUGUCCUGCAUUGCCAUGUCUGUUGGAUUAGGAAAUAUUUGGAGAUUUCCGUUCACUGCUUACGAGAAUGGUGGUGGUGCAUUUCUUAUACCUUACAUCAUAAUUCUCAUCGUUGUUGGGAAACCAUUUUAUUUGUUAGAAAUGACUUUGGGCCAAUUUUCUAGUAAAUCUGCUAUCAAAAUCUGGGAAAUAUCACCUGCCUUCAAAGGUAUUGGUAUUGCCCAAUUUCUUACACUGUUGGCAUUAACAUCUUACUAUUGUUCCUUAAUGGCAUUGACUUUAUUUUAUUUGGUCGCAAGUUUUCAAUCUGAAUUACCAUGGGGUAAAUGUAAAAAGGAAUGGGGUAAAUACUGUGUGAAUUCUUUGAAAGUACAAGAUGAUGAAAUUCUUUUAAAUGGUACCAGCCUUUCCAACGUAACUUAUCUCAGUUCAGCUGAAUUAUAUUUUUACAAGGAAGUGCUACGCGAAAAGAAGAACAUCAACGACGGAAUUGGAUUACCUGAUUGGCGUUUGACAAUUUGCCUGUUCAUUAGCUGGCUUUGUAUAUUUAUUAUUGUCGUUCGUGGUAUCAGAAGUUCUGGCAAGGCUGCUUACUUCACAGCCAUAUUUCCUUACAUUGUAAUGUUUAUAUUAUUGAUCAGAGCUGUUACAUUGGAUGGUUCAGCCAAUGGUAUACUUUAUUUCGUUACUCCUAAUUGGGACAAAUUGUUAACGUCCAGUAUCUGGUACAAUGCAGUUGCACAAUGUUUUUUUUCAUUGACUGUCUGUUUCGGUGCUGUUGUUAUGUUCGCGUCUCACAAUAAAAUUGAUCAUGAUAUUUAUAGGGAUGCAAUGAUUGUGACAACUCUGGACACCUUGACCAGUUUCUUAGCAGGCUGUACUAUAUUUGGUAUAUUGGGUAAUCUUAGCCACGAAUUAGGAGCUAAAGAUAUUAGCUCUGUGGUACGUGGUGGAACAGGAUUGGCAUUUAUUUCUUAUCCAGAAACAAUCGUCAAGUUUGAUUUCUUACCACAAUUUUUCGCCAUUGUAUUUUUCGUAAUGAUUUUUGUUCUUGGAAUUGGUAGCGAAGUUGGACUUACUUCUAGUAUAAUAUCGAUCAUCAAUGACCAAUUUCCAAACUGGAAACAUUGGCAUGUUGCAGCUGGGACAUGUUUCUUUGAAUUUCUUAUCGGAUUAUUAUACGUCACUCCGGGUGGACAAUUCAUGGUAACGUUCAUAGAUUAUUAUGCAACUUCGUUUCUUGCAUUGAUACCAGCCAUUUUUGAAAUGAUCGUGGUUUCAUGGUGUUACGGAAUUAAUAAUUUUCUCGACGACAUUGAAUUUAUGUUAAAUCGACGAUUGUCGAGUUUUUGGAAAUUCUGUUGGAGUAUUUUAACUCCUGGAAUAAUCACUGUGAUAUUUAUUUAUAAUAUGAUUAAUUUGGAAUUGUUAACUUACAAUGGUCUUUUUUAUCCUGACGUAGCUUAUGUUAUCGGUUGGAUUCUUUUUACCAUUGCUGUAUUGCAAAUACCUAUAUGGAUAUUGGUCGCUAUAUUUAAAAAUAGACAUUUACCUUUUCCAGAGAUAAUUUUUCAAACAUUUCGACAUUCAAAACAUUGGAGUCCAUUGAACGACGAGACGAAAAUAAAAUGGUUGGAAUUUAAAGAACAUCGAAGAAAAAUGAAAGAAGAGGAAAUAGAAAAUGAACAUUCGAACAUAUUUUAUAGAUUAUUCAAAUCUGUUACUUGUCGGUAGAAUUGAAAAAUGAAA